CUGUCCCACUGCCAAAUUACCAAACUCCGCCUGCACAACCAAAGUAAUUUCCAUGAUUGAUUUAUAUGUGUAGUUGGCUUCACUGCCUGUCUCCAUUUCAUUUCCUCCUAAGUGUGAGAGAGAGAGAGAAAGAAGGAGAGGGAUUGAUGCUCCUCUACUUGCUUUCUGCUCUCCCGACUGCCAAAGUGCCAAUCUCUAUCUGCACAACCAAAGCAAUGAUCAUAACUGAUUGAUAAGUGUGUAGUAGCCUUCACUGCCUACCAUCAUUUCCCUUCCCAAGAGGGGGGGAGAGAGAGAGAGAGAGAGAGAGAGAGAGAGUCAUUUAUGCUCCUCUGUUUGCUUUCGUUCUCUUCCCACUGAGUCUGCUACCUUCAUUUCCCUUUACCCGGAGAGAGAGAGAGAGAGAGAGAGAUGUUGGCCUUUCACACAUCUCUUCUUGACUCAUGACUUUGACUCUGUGAGCAAAAAGGACUAAGAGAGGUGUCUCCUCCGCCUCACUGUACUUGCCAAGCACCUUCCUCUACUAGGCAGGAGAAGGUGAAGAGGAGGAAGAUGAAGACCAUGAAAUUUCUCCUUCUCAAAGCCCUCUCCUUAUCUCUUUCAGACUCCUUUUCCUUCAGUCUAUAGGUGGAUAGAUUCCAGCAGUCCUGCUUCAGUCCUCCACCAUUCCAUUGAUAGCUCUCUUUUGCUCUGUCCACAGAAACGUAUAGAUAGUCCAAAGAUCACAACUUUUGUGCUCCAUCCAAACCCCUCUCUUAUUCUCUGUCCCUGUCCCUGAACCCUGGUAAAACCCUAGAGUCCAAAACCAUCUUUUUCCCGGAGAAACCAGUUUCUGCCGUCUAUUUCCCACUCGGGGCCUCUUCUUGACAGCUAAACCCUAGAGAUUCUGCUCGACUCAGCCAUAAGGGGAACAGGGGGAAGAAGAAAGAUCCUUCUUUUAUGAGCAUUCUUCUCUGUCAAUGAGUUGGAUCGGUCUCGAUGUUCUCGGGGUGCUCGGUCUCGAGUCUGGCGGCGAGGUUCGCCUUCUUCCCGCCCGACCCACCGACUUACAGCGUCAAGAAGGACGACGGCGGGCGGCUGGCGGCAUCUGGCGUCCCAAGGGACCACUCCAUGGAUGUCCUGGUGCUGGACACCAAGAACGGGAACAAGAUUGUUGCGUUUUAUUUGAAGAACCCCUGUGCCAGGCUCACAGUGCUCUACUCACAUGGCAAUGCUGCAGAUCUGGGACGACUCUAUGAUCUCUUCGUGCAGCUUAAGGUCAACCUCAGGGUUAAUCUGAUGGGAUAUGACUAUUCAGGAUAUGGAGCAUCUACUGGUAAGCCUAGUGAAUACAACACAUAUGCAGACAUCGAGGCAGUGUACCAGUGUCUGCAAACAGAAUAUGGAGUCAGUCAGGAAGAUCUGAUCUUAUAUGGGCAAUCAGUCGGUAGCGGCCCCACAUUGCAUUUGGCAGCUCGCUUGCCAAGACUGCGAGGUGUAGUGCUCCACAGUGCUAUAUUGUCAGGACUCCGUGUGGUUUGCCAUGUCAAUUUCAAUUUCUGCUUCGACAUUUAUAAAAACAUUAACAAAAUAAAAAAGGUCAAGUGCCCAGUUUUUGCAGUUCAUGGUACCGAGGAUGAUGUAGUGAAUUGGCUUCACGGACAUGGUCUGUGGAAACUAGCAAAGGAGCCGUACGAGCCCUUAUGGAUCAAAGGAGGAGGUCAUUGCAACCUGGAGCUGUAUCCAGACUACAUCCGCCACCUCCGCAAGUUCAUUCAGGAAAUGGAGAACAUCACCACUGCAACCCGGCUCAAGAAGAUCCGGCAAACUCUCAAGUCGCCUACAAAACCUGUUGCUACCACCAGCGCCGCCACGACAACGAGCUUCACUGCAAACUGCUGCUGCCGAAUCAGAUUCAGGAAACCUGACUUCCCGAGCUGUUCGAGUAGGCGAUGCCCAACGGUGCAGUGUUCCAAUGGGUCAGCAUACCUGUGCAACUGGUGUUGUGGUGGAGAUGGCCAUUGAUGGUGGUCUUGGACUUUGUACAGACUUGCAAAACUAUCUAACCCCUUCUACUGUACUUAAGUGUUGUAUGAGAAUUGAGAGCAUAGGUAGUAGUAGUUCCAUGCUGUUGAAAUGUUAA